UAGUAACGGCGGAAGGCUAGCUGCUGUCAUGUGCUACGAUCUUCCAAGAGUCGUUGAUUUUGCAGUACUUAUCUACCCUAAAGUAUCGUACCAAGACUACCCAUCUUGCGAUGAAUUUAAGGACGGGCCUCUUCUGCCUAAAGUUCGCAUGGAUUGGUUUUCCAGACUUACGCUUACUGAAGACGACUACCGAAACCCCCGGGCCUCUGUUGUUUUGCAGCCGGACCACAGCGUCAUGCCCCCGACCCUGGUGCUUGUAGCGGAACUGGAUCCCUGA